GCGGCGCGGAGCUCGCGGGCGGCGUCCGGCGCGGUGCAGGAAGGCGGUGGGGCGGGCGCCCAGGCGCAGGCAUGGCUGGCUGGUGGCGGGCGCUGCGGCACGCGGCCCGGCGCUUCCCAUGGCCCACCAACGUCCUGCUCUACACCGGGCUCUACUCGGCCGGCGACGCGCUCCAGCAGCGGCUACGGGACGGCCCGGCGGACUGGCGCCAGACGCGGCGCGUGGCCACCCUGACCAUGACCUUCCACGCCAACUUCAACUACGCGUGGCUGCGCCUGCUGGAGCGCGCGCUGCCGGGCCGCGCGCCGCGCGUGGUCCUCACCAAGGUGCUGUGCGACCAGCUGCUCGGAGGGCCCAUCACCCUCUCGGCCUUCUACGUCGGAAUGAGCAUUCUUCAGGAAAAGGAUGACAUAUUUUUGGACCUGAAACAGAAAUUCUGGAAUACGUAUAAGACCGGUCUGAUGUACUGGCCUUUGGUACAGCUAACCAACUUCAGCCUUGUUCCCAUCCACUGGAGGACAGCUUAUACUGGACUCCACGGUUUCCUCUGGGCCACCUUCCUCUGCUUUUCCCAACAGAGUGGCGAUGGCACUUUGCAGUCAGCAUUCGCCUUCCUUCACAGAAAAGAGGCCGACGUGGGAGGAAGUCACCCAGGGGAGUGAGGAGGCAGGGCCCACUUUCAUGUGACUACCUUUUGUUCCCAAAGUGCACUGAAGUCCCUGCAGAGAAAGCGAUUCAUUCACUAGAUGUGUCUCCAUGUUGAGGAAUCGCAGUUCUGCAGACACACUUGCUUUUAAAUGAUCAGUGAUUACUUUAAAUUUUAUCCAGAUCUCCUCCCCCAAUUCUCGUCUGAAAAUCCUACUUCUCUAAUGCUUUCACUUUCCUAAUAUUUUAGUUAAAAUUGACUGUAGUGGCAAAAUGGCAUCUUAGAUUUAUUACUAUUUCUGUUCGAAUAUUUUAGUGCCUGUUGAAUUUAGGGACCCCAGUGCUAAUUGUUUAUAUCUCCAUUUUAAAAUCUCAGGUUGUCUCCUAAACACUUUUGGAUCAGUUUACCUUUUAUAUCAAAUAUAUUCCUGAUGGUACAUUUCUACUUACAUAGAAUUCAUUCAAGAAGACUGAAUAAUCAGAUUCCCCCUUUAAAAUACUCCAUAAUUAUUAUGCUGAUGCUAAAAUUCUGUAAGCACAUUUUUAUCAUCAAAAAAAGAAUCGUGACCAGGUGCACACCUGUAAUCCCAGUGACUUCGGAGGCUGAGACGGGAGGAUCAUGAGUUCAAAGCCAGACUCAGCAACUGAGGAAGGCCCUAAGCAAGUCAUU